UGCGAUCGUAUGCUGCGACUGUCUGGUUACCAGACUCUGGUAGUUUAAACGUCCUUGGCAUUGACAAACAAAUUAAAAAAAAAUCUCAAAUGCUCGACACAUUGCGAGCACGCAAAAUCGCCGCCACUAUAAAUCAGUCGAACGCGUGGUUUAGUUAAAGUAACAUGUCAUGAGCUACCUGCCUAGUUUUACGAUUUUUGAAAUGGACGCGUGGACUGUGGGAAUAGCCAUCGCGGCGGUCGCCUUGGUCGCCCUGAUUCUUAAAUUUAUUAAUUCGCAGAUGCGGAUUAAGCGAAAAUUAAAUUGGAUGCCGCACGUGCCUGGGUGGCCUGUCUUAGGAAAUGCUCUGGAGUUUACGGACAGUGGAAGUUUUUUAACGACACUAACAAAAUUUAACCAAAAAUAUGGAAAAAAUUUCUUCCUGCAAAUUGCAAGCCAAAAUAUCAUCGUCAUAACCGAUUACAAACUUUUGGAGUUUGUUUUGAGCUCUAAUAAAGUUUUGGAAAAAUCAAAGAAUUACAAUUUUUUGCACACAUGGCUUGGAACUGGACUAUUAACAUCAACAGGUGCAAAAUGGAAAGAGCGCAGGAAGAUCAUAACUCCAACUUUCCAUUUCCAAAUUUUGGAGCAAUUUGUAGACGUUUUUGAAAAUCAAGGAAAAAUUUUGAUAAAGAAACUGGAAAAAGAAGUUGGGAAAGAUAGUGUGAAUAUUUUUCCUUAUGUAACGUUAUGUACUUUGGACAUUAUAUGUGAGACCGCCAUGGGGACCUCAAUAAACGCCCAGGACAGCAAAAACCUGGAGUACGUGGCGUCGGUGAAGGAAAUGUGCCGUCUUAUCGUAGUGCGCGGAUUUUCUGCAUUCUUGAUGUACGAUUUCCUCUACAAGUUAUCCUGGGAAUACCCCAAAGAGAAAAAAGCCCUUAAAAUCAUCCACAGUCACACGAAUUCGGUGAUUAACUCUAGAAGAAAGGAACUUGAAGAAGAAGAAAAGAACGCCGGGACAGCUGUUGAAGAUGAUUCGGGUGUGAAGAAGAAGUUCGCAUUUUUGGAUAUGUUGUUGAAGUCUUCUGUUAAUGGAAGAAAAUUAACUGAUGAGGAUAUUAGGGAGGAAGUUGAUACUUUUAUGUUUGAGGGUCAUGAUACCACCACCUCUGCAAUCAGCUUUACUUUGUAUUGUUUGACCAAACAUCCAGAGAUACAGGAUAAAGUACUCGAAGAACAAAAGCAAAUAGUUGGUGACGAUUUUAAUAAACCAAUUACGCACCGUGAUUUACAAUCGAUGAAAUACUUGGAAAACGUUAUCAAGGAAGGAAUAAGAAUGUAUCCUCCAGUGCCUUUUUAUGCUAGACAUGUUAAUGAAGAACUUACUUUUGAAGGACACAAAAUUCCAAAGGAUGUAUCAUUGUUUAUUUAUGCAUUUGGUGUUAAUAAUGAUCCUGAUAAUUUCCCUAAUCCAGAGAAAUUUGAUCCCAGUAGAUUUGAAAUUAUAGAUGGAAAAUCGCCUUACUCUUACAUACCUUUUAGUGCUGGACCAAGAAAUUGCAUAGGGCAAAAAUAUGCAAUGCUUGAAAUGAAGAGCACAAUAUCCAGAAUAAUUAGGCAUUUUGAGUUGUUACCAAGUAUUCCAGAACACAGCGUGCAGUGUGCAGCGGAAACUGUUUUAACUUCUAAGAACGGUAUUAAUAUUAGACUAAAGAAGCGUAAUUCCAAAUAAGUUUGUAAGUGUAAUAAAAAUGUUGGUUUGUUUAUUUUUAAAAAAGUACCUAUGUGUUUUUGUAAACAACAAAUAAAUAAAAAUUUUAUUAAUAGGC